CUAUUGAUCUGGACUCCUGCGUAGGCAGGUGGACCGACGGACAGACGCCAUGAGGGCUCUGCUGCUCCUGGGGUCCCUGGUGGUGAGCCUGGAAUCAGCGCUUCCGACCCCACGUUGGAAAGACCUCAAGGUGCCUAAGCCGGUAGAAGAUGAACACACAGUGGUUCUCACUGUCACUGGGGAGCCCUGCUACUUCCCUUUCCAGUACCGCCGGCAGCUGUAUCACCAGUGCACCCGCAGGGGCCGAAUUGGCUUCCGGGCCUGGUGUGCUACUACCCCCAACUUUGACCAGGACCAACGAUGGGCAUACUGCCUGAAGCCCCAGAAAGUGCAAGACCACUGCAGCACACACAACCCCUGCCAGCGGGGCGGCACCUGUGUGAACAUGCCAGACGGCCCUCGCUGCAUCUGUCCAGAACACUUCACGGGGAAGCACUGCCAGAGAGAGAAGUGCUUCGAGCCCCAGCUUCUCCAGUUCUUCCACGAGAAUGAAACAUGGCAUAGGCUUGAGCCGGCAGGCAUGGCCAAGUGCCAGUGCCAAGGCCCCCAAGCCCACUGCAAGCCCCUGGCCAGCCGGGUCUGCAGCAACAACCCAUGCCUCCACGGCGGCCGCUGCCUCGAGGCGGAGGGUCACCGUCUGUGCAGUUGUCCCGAGGGCUAUGCGGGACGCUUCUGCGACCUGGACAAAGAGGCCAGCUGCUACGAGGGCCUUGGGUUCGGCUACCGAGGCGCUGCUGGGACCACGAUCUCGGGCGCGCGGUGUCAGUCUUGGUCGUCGGAGAUCACUUACCAGAACCUGACUACAGAGCAAGCACUGAAGAGGGGACUGGGCCACCAUGCCUUCUGCCGGAACCCAGACAAUGACACCCAGCCGUGGUGUUUCGUGUGGAGCGGCAACCGGCUGAGCUGGGAAUAUUGCGACCUUGCACGAUGCCAAACCCCAACCCUAGCAGCGCCCCAGACCCAGUCUCCAUCACGGGGGACCCUUAUGCGCCUGGAGCCCUCCCUACCCUCGCUUCCAGCAUGGCCAGAGCCUCAGGUCACGACCCAGACCCCAGCCUUGGGCGCGAUGCCGGAGCUGUCCUGGGACGAGAUGCCGGGGAGGCCACCCGUGCUCUGGGACGGGAUGGCCCCCAGGAUCGAAAUCGGAGCCAGCCCGGCCACCUGCGGACAGAGGCUCCGGAAAGGGCUGUCCUCCCGGAAACGCGUCGUCGGGGGACUAGUGGCGCUGCCCGGCGCGCACCCCUACAUCGCCGCGCUGUACUGGGGCCACAGUUUCUGCGCCGGCAGCCUCAUUGACUCUUGCUGGGUGCUGACCGCAGCUCACUGCCUGCAGAACCGGCCAGUACCGCCUGCCCGGCGUAGGCUCAGGCCCGCACGACACUCGAACCCAUGCCCUGUAGCCGGCUGGGGCCACCAAUUCGAGGGGGCGGAGGAAUACGCCAGCUUUCUGCAGGAGGCGCAGGUGCCGCUGAUCCCUCACGAGCACUGCUCGGAUCCUGAGAUGCACGGCAACGCCUUCUACCCCGGCAUGCUCUGCGCUGGUUUUCCCGAGGGGGGCACCGACGCGUGCCAGGGUGACUCCGGGGGUCCGUUGGUGUGUGAGGAUGAGGACAACGGGCGUCAGCUCACCCUUCGAGGCAUCAUCAGCUGGGGCUCGGGCUGUGGCGACCGUAACAAGCCGGGUGUGUACACCGACGUGGCCAACUACCUGACUUGGAUCCAUGAGCACAUGGCUUCCUGACCGCCCAGGAGCUCCUCUUUUCCUCCUCGGUGGUUCUGGAAUGGGAGGAUGGCUGGGCCCGAUCCUGGACCGCAAGGAUGUGUUCCAGCGCCGUCAGUCCGUCAGUCCGGCCCCAGGCACGGAGUAAACACUCAAUAAAGUGCUUUGGAAAUGCU